UCCCCCGGAAAAACGGAUGCCUCUAGGAAGCCCCCUGCCGCCCAUCCCCCCAGCCCAGACCCCGCGAUUCCCUUAAAGCGAAAGGAAGAGCAGGAGGGGAUUGACCGCAAUGGAUGUUCCCGUUUGCUCGGAUUUGAACGCUGUUUGCGAGUCGGUUGCAAGAAAUUGCGGAGCUGCCAGUGCCCGGCGCCUGCCUAACUAGGCAACUCCCGAGCUCGCCGCUGUCAGCAGCGACACUGCUCGCUCAGCCCGCUCCCCAAUUCGGAUCCCCCCAUCCGCGGGCGGGGAUGCAGCGGCCCCGCAGAGAGCGGCGCGGGCUCCAUCGGCUCCCAGUGCCCGGAGACUGGCUGCUGCGGGACAAGCGGAUCCCGAAGUAGGGUUCGCAGCUCACCGGGACGGGAAGAGCAAAGGUUUCCCGCGCUGGGCGCGCUCCAGCCCGCCCUUCAGCACUCGGGCAGCUCCCUGCACGCCGGGCCGGGGACAAACUCCUACGGAUGCGAUGGCCGAGUAACUCCGGGGCUCGCUGACAGCCCAGUGGCUGGUCUGGCCUGCGGCGCGUCCCUCUCCCCACCCGGCAGCCAGGCCGGAGCCGGAGUCCCGCCGCAGCUCCCUGUUGCGACUUCCCAUGCCCUUUCGGCUCCGCAGGGUUCCCCGCCCGCGGCCCGAGAAGAGACCCGGAGAGAAACUUCAGCACCCGGACAGCUCCCACCGAGACGCGGGGACCGCAGCACCGCCCCGCGGCUGUGUCAAGCCAAGCCCGGCCCCGGUGGGAGCGGUGACCCCGGGAGGAUGAGGGCAGCGAUCUGGACCUGAUUCUACCCGCGCCAGCGCAGCGAUGGGGAGCUGACCUUCCGCCGCCGGCUGUGCUGCUACCUAUUCGGCUGCUCCAUUUGAAUGCCUACUUUGCCUGGGAGUCUUCCCCUCUUUCACUAAUUCAACCCCCCCACCCCUUGCAUAUUUUCUGGAGACGGGGGGCUGAUACCUUUGCAAAGAGCCUGCUCUGGCUGUCCUUUGGUUUGGCAGUUACAAGGCUGGAGGGUGCCUGGGUAGUGUAUUGUACCAAUGCAGCAACCCCGAUGAGCUGCAGCGUUAGAAAGAAACCCAGGAUUGACUCUGCUGGUGGGGGGUGAAAAAACACCCCCACAACUUUGGCACCCGGAAAAGCGUGUGUCCCCCUACCCCACCCCACCCCAGCUUCUUUCUUCCGCGACCAUAGAAAGACAUUUCCCAUCCUAUGUAGCUGAGGGUAAAAGCGUACCCUGGGGGCCGCGCCACAUCUGGCAGGGAUUUGGGGGUUUAAAUCCAGUGUCCGCCGCAAUCAACAAUGGCAAAUGAACCGGUGAUUCUGAAUGUUUAUGAUAUGUACUGGAUAAAUGAAUACACCUCUACCUUGGGGAUUGGGGUCUUCCACUCCGGCAUCGAGAUCUACGGCAGAGAAUUUGCCUAUGGAGGGCAUCCUUAUCCUUUCAGUGGGAUUUUCGAGAUCACACCUGGCAGUGCGGUAGAGCUUGGCGAGACCUUUAAGUUCAAAGAGUCCGUUGCCUUGGGCACCACUGAUUUCACAGAAGAGGAUGUGGAUAAGAUUAUGGAGGAGCUGGGCAAGGAGUACAAGGGCAAUGCAUACCAUCUUAUGCACAAGAACUGCAAUCACUUCUCCACCGCUCUAGCAGAGAUCCUGUGUGGGAAGGAGAUCCCCCGUUGGGUGAAUCGCCUAGCCUACUUCAGCUCGUGCAUCCCUUUCCUCCAAAGUUGCCUCCCCAAGGAGUGGCUGACCCCAGCAGCCUUGCAGAGCCACAUCAACCUCGGCCUCCACAAGGAAGAGCAGGAAGACACGACAGAUGAGGAGUCCCCAUCCACUUCUGCGGCUGCCUCAGCCUCAGGCACCUCGCGAACCUGUAGGCAUACCCGGGUCUAAGCUGUGCCCAACAUGCUCCCUUCUCUCGCUCUCUGGGUUUCUUCUAUUUCUUUCUAAUUUCCUCUCUUACAGCACCUUUUUUUUCACCUUCUUUUCUUCGCCCAAGAACAUUGGGGGAAACACACUUUAAUGAGAAGACGAGCUCUUGAUCCUUCUCGAAGGGUUGUCACUACUGUUGCUUGGCAAAAUGAUGCUGAACUAUAGCAUUGUGCUGACGAGUGUGGUGGCUAACCUGGAUUCUCCUCCCAAGGCCCCCUGUGCUCCUUGAUCCACAGAAAACUGUUGACUUUUUGGGCACGAAAGCAUGGGACUGGAGGGGAACCAUACUGUGAAGUUCCUUGGCUGGAACUGUUUUUAUUCUUUUAUCUUCCCCUCUCUCUCCUCUCCAGUUCUGUCAAGACUGCCCCCCACCUACAGCAUUCCUCCUGGACAUACCAAAUGAAGGAAGCAGAACCUCAGCUUGACUUUUUCAUCUCUAAGACCAGCAACACGCUCCUACCAAUCUUCUUUUUUGUAAUUACCAGGUUUCUAAAUCAUUCGAAGGACAAGUGAAAGGUACUGCUGUUCUACGACCACCAGUUUUCUGUGUUAGAAUUUAAGAGAUCAGAGGACUGCCUUCCCCCCAACAACAAUACCAAAUUUACCUAGAAAACAAAUGUGUAAUGGUGAUUUUUAUUUGGUUACAACAGGGGGUGGGGGCUAAUGCUUGGGGGUAGCUACUAAGUAGAUGCAGGGGUGUUCUCUGGUGGAUUGGUUCUCUUACUUCCCCUACCCGUCACCAGUUUCACAUCCCUGGUUUGCUGUUUCCCUUCCUUUUCAGUGGGGUGUUAAAUCUGUCUUCUGGCUGACUAGCCAGCUGCCUCUGGCAACCUGUGUUUUGGGGAGAGACUUUUGGAGUGAGAGGGUGGUGAGAGGGAAUCCCUUGGGCAAAUUGCUAUUUCCUGCAGUCUUUCUUCCCAGAACCACAGAACCCAACAUAUGGGUCCCUUGGCAGCCAUCUACCCAGUCUAAAUUUAAAACCAAGCCAGGAAGGCGAAAACUAUCUAGACAGAGAAUAAACCAGAAGAACUAACAUUUGUUCCCCUGCCUCAGAGGCUGUUUUGGGAUGGAGAGGGCAGCUUGGAAUCCUGUCAGGAAGCAGAGGAUGCUGCACCAUGUACAUCCCCAUGGCAUCUUUUGUUACAUAACAAUCUCUUUAUUUCAGUCAUUUGGGAUAGAAAAGGGGCAAGGCUGGUUGACCAACCACCCCAGCAUUAAGAACAGGAGUACUUGUGGCACUUUAGAGACUAACAAAUUUAUCUAAGCAUAAGCUUUAGAUGUAUUAUGCCCAUGAUGAUGGUUUCUGUGGUGGAGGGAAGGUGGAGAAGGGAGCAGGUACGCCAAUUCCAUUAUUCAAUCACCUAACCAGGAAUUAAGUUCAGCGGCUACACCAGCAUGGAAAAGGAAAAUCUAGGUCCCUCUUCCCCCACCAGCUAUGCAGAAGAGGAAGACAAGAGUCUGAGGAUGCAUGUGUAAUGUAUUGACUUAGGGCCUGAUUCUUGGAAGUGCUGCGCACCAGCAGCUCCAGCUGAAGGCAGGAGGAGCUCUGGGUGCUCAGUGCCUCUGAAAAUUAGGCUGUUAAUGUGGAUAAUCCUGUCUCCUGCUGGUGGUCAGCCACAGUGAGAAUAACAGCCUGCUAAUUACAACCAGCUACGCAAACUACUCCAUUAGCUCAAGUUUAUAGAAAUUGUGGGCUUGGUAUUGAAAGUCCUGGGUUUGAUCCCCACUGAUAUGCCUAAUGUCUGUACAUACGUGGCCUCAGUUUGUUACGUGUAUGUAUCUAUAUGCCCAGAGAGAUUAAGGAAUAAUGAGAACCCUGUGAAGAGGUUGGGACAACUGCUGCAUUCUUGGCAAGGUAGCAGACUCUAGGGGCUUUUGAUGGCCAGAAAUUCAAUCCUUACGGUAUGGUCUAACCUCAUCCCCCUACAAUGAUGCACAUGUGUACAAUGAAACCUUUACAACAUGCUUCUAAUGUUUCAUAAUCUCUACAAUGAAUAUUAAAAAGCUGUAGUUCCUAGUAUCCCUGCCCAGAUCCAAAGUCACAUUCUCUGUUAACCUUGACUACCCCGGCUGGUACCCACAAUCAGUACCCUGUUGUCAAUUAUUCCACUGCUCUUGGCAUAGCUACCCAGAACCAGCACCACACACUAUUAUCCUGGGUUCCUGGUGUAGUUGCAUAGAGCCAGCAUCACAUUCUCUAUUACCUUGGUUUGUUCCGCGAUGAUUUACUAGGAUCAGCAUCAUAUUCUCCAUUCAGGGCCGGCUCCAGGCACCAGCGCAGGAAACAGGUGCUUGGGCGGCCAAUGGGAAAGAACGAAGUGGCGCGGUAGAGCUGCCGCCGAAGUGCCGCCGAUCGCGGCUUUUUUUUUUUUCCUUUGCUGCUCGGGGCAGCAAAAAAGCUGGAGCCAGCCCUGUCUCCAUUAUUCUGAAGUUGCCAGAGCUGCUGCCGCCCAGACACAACAUUACACAAUACAGUACUGCACACUCAGUUGCCCUGCAGUGACUCAUGUCACUGCCUAAACCAGCCAUGCAAUCUCCAUUUUUUUGAAGUUCCCAGGGUCGCUGCCAAAAACCAGCAUUGUGACCGCAGGUAUGUGCAGUGACUGGAAGGAAUUGAGUGGAGAUCUCCCGGAGCUUUCAUUUGAAGGGAACAUUGCAGUCAGAUUAAGAGGUAAUAGCAAAUAGUCCCUGAUCAACUGCCAUCCAUCCAUCACCCCAACCUGCCAUCUUGCAUCUGAUCUCAUAUGAAGCAUCACAUUGGAAGUCCCAGAUGGAAUCAGGGCUCCAGUGACAUACCUUUCCUAAGGAAAAUGCUUUCUCGAAAUAUUUUACUAAACCGCAUACAUAACUAUCUUUAUUUUAAUCCAGGCAAGCUGCAUUCUUCCUCCAUUCAAGCCUUUGGGGAGAGGAGACAUUCUUGAGGUUGCAGGACACUCCUUUGGUGCAAGCUGUUAGCACUAUAAAAAGAUAUAUAUUUUUGCAAUGGGGACAAGGCGGUGAAAAAGAAUCAAACCAUCACUAUGGCUAAUUCAUAGCUCAGAAUGUGUUCUAGUCCUCAAAACUGCUGCUUACCUCCCCGCCCUGGCCAAGCUACCUGACCAACGGUGACCAGAAUAAAGAAAAGCGACACUGUGGAAAUAAGUAUAAUAACAAUAUUGUUACCUGUGUAAUUAACCACAUUUUAAUGAUUAAAAUGGAGUUUUUAAAAUCUAAUGUAUUGGUCCCCACUGGUGCA